AUGCCGCCGCGAGUACGAGGCAAGGGAAAGGGUCCAAUGAGAGGAGGACCAACAGGCCAUGCGGGACCUUCUCAUAGACGCAUUCCAUCUGCGUCUUUUUCUAGCUCGGAUUCGCGUGACCAUUGGGGUCAUUCUUUUGAGCCCGCGAGACACUCGGUCUCGUUGAGUUCAUCACCCUCGUUUCAUCCAUCAUUUGGGCCACUUAUUCCAUACGAGCCCCAGCAUUCCCAUCAUUCUCAAGAAUCACACCAUUCUCACCAAUCGCACCAAUCCUACCACUCUUUACAUUCCCAUUCUUUUCAUCAUUCCGACUCCAUUUAUUCCCCAGCCCAGUUCAACCCAAACGACGAUGUCAAUGAUUUUCUGGGUUACAAUCCCUUGGGACCCAAGGACCAUUUCUCCCAAGAGAUUGAGAUGGAUGAUGAACCCGAUCCAGAACUGCAAACCGGUACACCAGGUCACCCUAUCAGCAUCUCCAGCGGUUCCCCAUACCAAGGAUCGCCAUACCAAGGGCCCGACUCAUGGGCCAAAAGGUGGAACCAACAUGAAUGGGCAUUUACCCCUUCAUUUCACAACUCUCAUGCUCAACCUCCUUUGGAUGAGCCACACCUUCAAGCGGUAUCUCCACCGCCUCUACCUGUUGAGGAACCACCUCAACAACCACCUCAACCACCUCCCGAACCGCCGAGGCGAAGGAGGAAUGCACGAAUGUCCAUGCGAGGGGGACCACGGUUCAGUUCCCCUCAAGGUUCAAGCUCAUACCCUCCUAUUCCCGAGGACCCACAAAUGGGUGGACCCUCGCAUGCGGUGCCGGAGGAUAAUCCCCCACCAGUUUCUUUUGCACCACCGCCACCGCCAGCGGGUUUUGAAAACCCGAUACCGACGUACCCAGGUUCGUCUGGGUAUAACCCUUUUGAAUAUCCAAAUUCUUCGGGUUAUGGAGCCCAAGAUCCAUAUCUUACGGCAGCACAAUAUAAUGCACUUUAUCCUUCUUCUUAUCCUCCAGUUUACCCAACUGGAUAUCCAGUGCAAGGGUAUCAAUACCCACCUUAUCAACAACCCCCUCCUCCUCAACAACUUCAAACUCAAGAAAUUAUGCAGAGGUUGGACUAG